UACAUCGGCGUGAGAGCGGGGAGGGAGGGCGGGCGCGGGGGGCUGCGGGCAGGGCGGGGGGUGUGUGCGCGCUCCGAGCUUUCGGGCCACAGCCACCGCCGCGCCAGCUAGAAGCGCCCCAGCCCGGCAAGCUGGCUCACCCGCUGGCCACCCAGCACAGCCCGCUGGCCCCUCUCCUGCAGCCCAUCUGGCGGAGCGGCGGCGGCGGCGGCGGCGGCGGCAGGAGAAUGGCAUCAGAACUGGCCAUGAACAACUCCGACCUGCCCACCAGUCCCCUGGCCAUGGAAUAUGUUAAUGACUUCGAUCUGAUGAAGUUCGAGGUGAAAAAGGAACCGGUGGAGACCGACCGCAUCAUCAGCCAGUGCGGCCGUCUCAUCGCCGGGGGCUCGCUGUCCUCCACCCCCAUGAGCACGCCCUGCAGCUCCGUGCCCCCUUCCCCCAGCUUCUCGGCGCCCAGCCCGGGCUCGGGCAGCGAGCAGAAGGCGCACCUGGAAGACUACUACUGGAUGACCGGCUACCCGCAGCAGCUCAACCCCGAGGCGCUGGGCUUCAGCCCCGAGGACGCGGUCGAGGCGCUCAUCAGCAACAGCCACCAGCUCCAGGGCGGCUUCGAUGGCUACGCGCGCGGGGCGCAGCAGCUGGCCGCGGCGGCCGGGGCCGGCGCCGACGACCGCUUCUCCGACGAGCAGCUGGUGACCAUGUCGGUGCGCGAGCUGAACCGGCAGCUGCGCGGGGUCAGCAAGGAGGAGGUGAUCCGACUGAAGCAGAAGAGGCGGACCCUGAAAAACCGCGGCUAUGCCCAGUCCUGCCGCUUCAAGAGGGUGCAGCAGAGACACGUCCUGGAGUCGGAGAAGAACCAGCUCCUGCAGCAGGUCGACCACCUCAAGCAGGAGAUCUCCAGGCUGGUGCGCGAGAGGGACGCGUACAAGGAAAAGUACGAGAAGCUGGUGAGCAGCGGGUUCCGAGAAAACGGCUCGAGCAGCGACAACCCGUCCUCUCCCGAGUUUUUCAUGUACCCAAGGGAAUCUUCUACAUCUGUGAUGUGAGCAAAGCAGUUGCCCGAAGUCAAACAGGUUACAGACUCAUAUACGCAAAUCAAUCAAAAUGCAUGGAAUAUCUAGGCAUGCCUCUCUAGAAAAGUCUUCCAAUAUGCAGUCCAACAACCAACCGCGGCCCGUCUGCCUUUCACCCCACCUUGCUGCUUGACUGAACUUGUUCCACAGCAUCACUGCCUGAGGUGUGACCUACUGUCAUAGAAACAAGUGAAACUGAUGCUGGAUGCCCCCAUGUUCAGGGUGGCUUUUGAACUAGCACUUGAAGCUGUCUCCCAGUUUGACUUGUAUUAAGAGUCAGUACCCAUGAUGUACACCAAAGUACAAAUGAUGCCUUCCUUCCAAACAUGCUCUUGGCUCUUACGCACUGAAACACGGACAGGACAGUGGGGAUGGGCCACGGCCGGCUCACCUGUAUCUUCUGUCCCUUUCAAAUGUUCCUGAUAUUGGCUUAGACACAAUUGGAUAAAACCAGGUCUUACAGAGCUGCCUUGGGGCAGGACAGAUGGGGUGCUUACAUAAGGGAGAAGCUGUUAGAGACUCUUCUGUCCCCUGUAGCAGAUGAAAUUUGUAGAAACAGCACCCCCAGUCUUUACAGCAUGGAUGUGUUUUUCCUGGCCUUCCCUGUGACCAUGAUAUGACUUCAGAAAUCUCUCUAAUAUAAGCAAGGCUGUUGCCAAUUUUAUAAACAGGGGUAAAAUGAAACCACGAAAGAAAAGUAAAAUCUUCUGAAAUCUGUUUUUCUCCCCUCUCUCUCCAUGUAGCCUGUAAGCAUCCACAAAUAAAAUGCAAACGUCAGUUCAGGGAUGCUGGCGUGGACAUGGGGGCCUUUGCACGGCAUGUACACCUGCUUAGUUCAAAUGCAAAGAUGCCACACCUGGCAUCCCUCACAGAAACCACUGGAAUAUUUUAACAGACAUGAUGACCCUGUAUUUCCAUGCAAGGAACACAUGACCCUCAGACUGUAAGUUCUGACUUCUCGGCACCUCUGGAAAGACCAAAUGAUCGAUCUUGCCUCCGUCCCUUAUGAAAAGCUAUGAGGGAGUCUGAACAAGAGGCCUUUAAGAAUAAAUUAUCUACCCAAGAAGACAUGCCGCCUUCCUUGAGCAUUUGCAGUGGGGACCAAUCUAGUAAAAAUUCUCUGCGUGUAUCUCAAGCUGACUGCAUUUUUGUACCAUUUGGCAUCGAGAAAAUUAGGGAGAAUAUUUUUUUCAUAAUCCAGACUUACCCUAAUUGUUUUCUGUUGCUGCUGUUUGUUUAUUUAGAUUGAGCUCCUCUUGGACGAAUAAGUUGAUUUACUCAAUUCAGGACAGCAGGCUAGCUCACCUAACUGUGCCGUCUGAAUGUAUAUUAUUUUCCACCAACCUUGGGAGACUAUUAAAGUGAAAAACUUAAAGAAAUAAACAUUUUGCAUUCAGAUGGGAAGGGGAGGAAUUUUUGCAAAACAUGCAGCCCUCCUGACUUAAAACAAUAAUGAUGCUUCUUGUGAAGAGCUUUCAUCGUAAAUACACGCAAUAUUCAUUCUGUCAUCUACUAAAAGUUUAGACUCAAUGUUGGGGUUCCGGAAAUACUAGCGUUCAAACUCCCUCACCUGACGCUGGCUAAGUCUUUUGUUUCCUCCCUCCAGAAAGGACUGUUUUAUAUCUGUUACAUUUUUUUUCUUCCUUUUCUUGGUAAUGAAAUCAUGAGCAAUAAAUGAGCUAAGCCCAAGAUUGAG